AUGGCUGGUUGUGGUUGGCAUAAUGGUGGUGUCCAUGCAACAACUCCUCUGUUGUGUUAUGCAAUGGGAACCAUUUUGUUCUUCUUGAUAAUCCCUCUUGCACAUGCUCAGCCUGUGUGUUUUGAUUACCCCAACUUUUUAAAUGUUGAUCAAAAGCAGUUAAACAUUGAAGGAGAUGCUUCUAUUUCAGGUUCUCGCAUUGAGCUCACAGCAAACACAACGGGCCUAGUAAGCGAAUGGUUUGGGAGUGUUGGGCGGAUCACAAGAUCCAACCUUAUUCAUAUUUGGCAAAAAGACUUCACAACCAACUUUUCCUUCAUUGUUUCUUCAAAUAACAGUGCUUUUGGAGAUGGUUUGGCAUUCUUCCUAGCAAGCCCAAAUCUCCCAAGUACAACAGAUUUAGGAGGCGGAGGAGGUCUUGGUCUUCUUCCUGCAGGCAUACCUGUCUCCAUUGAUCCCUAUUCAUUUGUGGCAGUGGAAUUUGACACUUACCAAGAUUAUUGGGACCCACCUUACCAGCAUGUGGGUGUGAAUAUCAACUCUAUGAAGUCUGAAAAACAAAAGAAAUGGUUUAUAGAUGUUGCAGAAGGCGAUGUUUGUUACUGUAGUGUUCAAUACAGUUCAGGAAAUAAUAAUUUAAAUGUUUCUUUCACUGUACGCAAAAUCGGUGAUGGGCCUAUAACACAGACUCCACAGUUCUUUUCAUACCACAUUGAUAUCACAGAGCACUUACCAGAGUCGGUUUAUGUUGGCAUAUCAGCUGCAACAGGAACAUAUUUUGAGGAACAUACCCUGCUUUCAUGGUCAUUUAGGACAAGCCAUCCAAUUCAUGUCCAUCCUAAGAAGGAAAGCAAGUUAAGCAAGAAAAAAUUAUUGGAAGGAAUCGGAAUCGGAAUCGGUGUAGGUUUAUCUUUGAGUUUAGUAGGGUUGGUCCACAUUUUAUUACCGAAGAAGAAUAAAGGAUAUGAAGAAGAACCAACAUCGGAAACCAGUUCUGAUCUUAAGAUGGAUGCUGAAUUCCUCCAAAGCAGCACUGGACCUAAAAAGAUUAGUUAUUAUGAAUUGGCAUCUGCAACAAACAACUUCGAUGAGACAAAAAAGCUUGGGCAAGGUGGUUUUGGCGGUGUUUAUAAAGGCUAUUUGAAAGACUCUAGCUCCUUUGCUGCUAUAAAGAGGAUAUCAGCAAAUUCUAGGCAGGGUAUAAAGCAAUACGAAGCAGAAGUUAAGAUCAUUAGCCAAUUGAGGCAUAGGAAUUUGGUAAAACUCACUGGUUGGUGUCACAAGAAGAAUGAUCUCCACUUGAUAUACGAGUACUUGCCUAAUGGAAGCUUAGACUCUCAUCUUUUUCGCGGAGAAAGCAUCUUGCCGUGGCAGGUGAGGUACAACAUAGCUCUGGGCUUGGCUUCAGCAUUGUUUUACCUUCAGGAAGGAUGGGAAAAAUGUGUGCUUCAUAGGGACAUCAAAUCAAGCAACAUAAUGUUGGACUCCAACUUCAAUGCUAAGCUUGGCGAUUUUGGCCUAGCUAGGCUGGUUGAUCAUGAGAAAGGGUCACAAACCUCAGUUGUGGCUGGGACCAUGGGUUACCUUGCUCCUGAAUAUAUAAACACAGGCAAGGCUAGAAAGGAAUCAGACAUAUUCAGUUUUGGGGUUGUUUUGUUGGAGUUAGCCAGUGGAAGAAAAGCCAUUCACCACAAUGAAAAGGAGGGUGAAGUAUCAUUAGUUGAGUGGAUUUGGGAGCUUUAUGGAAUUAGAAAUCUGCUUGCAGCAGCAGACCCAGAGCUAUGUGGGGCAUUUGAUGUGCAGCAAAUGGUAUGUUUACUGGUAGUUGGGUUAUGGAGUGCUAAUCCAGAUUGCACAUCCAGACCCUGUAUAAGAAAAGUGAUUAAGGUGCUUGAUUUUGAAGCUCCAUUACCAAUUCUCCCACAACAGAUGCCUGUUCUAGCAUAUCUCCCUCCAACAACAAAAGAAUUUUUUUAUUCAGUUUCAUCUUCCUCUCCUACAAUUUCUGCUACCGCUGCCAAUUAUGUUGCUCAAAUGAAUAUGCUUCCAAUGCUUAAUGGGGCAAAUUUCAAGUUGUGGAAAGAGAAUGUGAAAAUUGUUCUCGGCCACAUGGAUCUCGACAAUGCGCUAAGGACUGAGAAACCCACUUCCACUCAGGAAAAUCCAAAAACGGAUAAAAUUGAGAAGUGGGAACGCUCAAAUCGCAUGUGUCUGAUGAUCAUGAAACGUUGCGUUCCGGAGGCGUUUAGGGGCUCGAUUGUUGAGACUACUGAUGCCAAGUUGUUUCUGAAGGAACUCGAGCAAUACUUUGCUCGAAAUGAAAAGGCUGAAAUUGGUCAAACCUUGUCCAAACUCAUAAACAUGCGGUAUAAAGGAAAGGGAAACAUAAGGGAGCAUAUUAUGGAAAUGUCUAAUCUUGCUGGAAAACUAAAGGCAUUAAAGUUAGAGCUGCCCUAUGAGUUGCUUAUGUACUUAGUUAUUAUCUCUCUUCCUGCACAAUACAGUCAAUUUGUGUUAGGCAAGAAAAUUAAGGCCAUCAGAUCUGAUCGUGGUGGUCAAUACUAUGGUAGAUCUGAUGGAUCGGGUGAACAACGUCCAAGGCCCUUUGCGAUCUUCCUAAAGGAGUAUGGAAUCGUGCCGCAAUACACAAUGCCAGGUAAACCUAGCAUGAAUGGUGUUGCGGAAAGGCGAAACCGGACUCUUAAAGACAUGAAAAUUUAG